UGCUGCGGCUUGGUCUUAGUGGGAAGAAACUGGAGUGUGGGCUCUUGGGAUUGGAGUCGUUCCAGCAAGCCAAUUUCGUGUGACGUUGUGCCUCUCUCAUGCUUGCCACUGGGGUCUCUCCGAGUGGCACGAUUGCACAUGUCAGCAUCACGGGAUUUCGAAACAUUUGGAUCUUCUGUUUCCCCAUCUUUGUCCUCGGCCACGGGAGGAUCUACGUGAACGACAGACUCGUCGUUAAUGUUGUUCUGGGUCUCGUCGUUCAUGUUGUUGCAUAACGAAGAGCCAGCUUUUGUGUUGGUUUCAUUCAGAUUCAAAUUCAUGCUCCAUUGUUGUAGACUGCAGCGGACGAUUGAUGCCGGUUUGAUUCAUCAUUCUCUUUUGUCCUUUGUCCUUCGCGACGGAAGCGAAGCCAUUCCAAAACGGAACCUGUCAUGUUUGCUCGCUGCGCUUCCCUCACCCACCGAUGAAUCGCUCCACAACAACCAAGUCUACUGCAUCCAACCCUGGCCACACAUAGCAGUACAAAGCUCCGAUGCCCAUGUUAGCAUGACGAAGCCUUCUCCUGUCGUUUUGAGAGCAGACAGCCCCCUCUUUUCGAACUUGAUCUCUUGUGGAUCCAAGGUAAAACCCUGAACCCUAAAAAGAUACAGGACAACAAAACAAAAACAGCAUCCGUUUCGGAACAAUCUGCAGAUCUUUCUUGCUGUUGGGUCUGCAGAUGUUGGUGGUUGCUACAGUACAGUACAGUACCGGACAACCUUCCAAUAAUGGCGGACAGUGGUAAUAGUAGUGACGACAAUAGCUGGAAUGAGUUUCUGGGAAGCUUUCAUAAUACGAACUAUGACAUUGAAGAUUUGCCACAGUUUCAAUUGGCAUCCCACGUGGGUCAUCUCCGCCAACAGGUGGAUCUGAGCGACGGUAUACUUGUAACCAAUGAUGGCGUCGAGUUUCCAAUCCACAAACUCAUCUUGGCAUCUCGGAGCGAGUAUUUCAAGACGCUGUUCUAUGGCAGCUUUCAAAAAGAGUCCACCCUACACCUGCCGUUUGACAGUACCAUCAUUGAAGCCAUUCUUUCCUAUUGCUACGCGGAUUCCUUUUCUUCUUUUGGUGGUGGCAGCCACGAGGAAAACACUAACAACCAUAAUAACCAAACAGCACAAGAUUUGGGACGUCAGAUUGUUCGUUUGGCAGCCGCCGCAUCCUUCCUCCUGCUAGAAGGCAUGAUUCGCAAGCUAUGGGUGCGAAGUCUCAAAAUCAUGUUCCAACAACCCGACUGUAUUCCCAUCAUGUACCAAGAAGCAGAAGCUCAGAAUGUCCGUGCCAUUCAAAAGCUGGCCAUUCAUGCCUAUUGGAUCACAACAACAAGUGCUACCCAACAACAACCACAACCAGGGUCCUUGUCGUCGUCACAUUUUACGUCGCCACACGGCGAUCUGGAAUCGACAUUCCAUCCCGAUGCUGCCUAUGACACUCAUGGAGUCUUUUUGUGUCUGGGAUGCUCCGAGGAACAAGUCAAUGGGGACUACUAUGCGGAAGGAGGGCCUCUGAGAUAUGAAAAUGAUCAAGGGUUUCGCUUGGAACCCGAGACAACGCCACAACACGAAGGAGGAGCAUUGGAAUUGGGCACGACCAUCCUCCUCCAGGAUCCCCAUGGGCACCGUCGAUACAAACUGUGGUCCAUGAUCUUUCCACCCACGGAUCACCUGCCACAUCAGUGGGGAAUCUGUAGUAGUGCUGCUAGUGAUGGUGAAACAACAAACCGCAACAACCAAGGUGACGAUAGUAUACCUCCAAUUAGUUUCUUUUUCAAAAGGUCACGUCGACGGCGACAGUAUUAAUCGAAUAAUGCCAAGAAGGAAGG